UAUAGCCAGCGUGGGUUCUAAAAGUUUUACUUCACAGUCUUACAUUACCUCAAUCAGAACCAUUCACAAUGGUAAGAGUUUAAUAGUUUACUAGUUUAAAUUUCGCUAAAAACACUAAAGUAUUGAAAUAACAUCGAUGUGAACAUAUGAUUUUUAUAUGACCGCAAUAUAGUUAUGAGUCAAUCAACGGGUGCUUUCCGAAUCCUUUUAAUAUCCUGUUUCACUCUUUACUUCUUCGGGAAAGCUGACUGCAGUUCAGUCGUAAAUGUUGGCGAAACCCAAAUCGUUGGACAAACCGUUUAUGCUGGCGAAAGGAUUGUAAACCAGUUUUUGGCAGUACCUUAUGCUGAAGCACCCACUGGAUCAUUGCGCUUCAAGAAACCCGUUCCCCGCAGAUAUCUUCCAGAUUUGUACUAUGCUUUUAACCAACCUCCAGCAUGCUGGCAAAAAUCCAUGUACCCAUUUCCUUGGUAUGAUGCCUCGCCAUACAAGGACGAAGACUGCCUGUACCUCAAUAUUUGGGUUCCAGAACACGCUAGUUCCACCAAUAAGAAGGCAGUGAUCUACUUCAUCCACGGGGGUGGAUUCAGAUUUGGAUCAAUUAGACAGAGUGACUACAAUGCGGCAGGUUUAGCUGCUCACGGUGAUGUAGUUGUAGUGACUGUUAAUUACCGAGUGGGAUCUUUCGGGUUUUUGACAUCUGGCACUGAAGAUGCGCCUGGUAACAUUGGACUAUACGAUAUACUGGAAGGCCUAAAAUGGGUCAAUAAAAACAUUGAAGCUUUCGGUGGUGACUCAUCCAGAAUUACACUCGCUGGUCAAGGAGCCGGAUCCACUGCUGCUGGCAUACUGACCACCUCUCCUCUCGCCGAAGGCCUGUUCCAAAGAGUCAUCAUGGAAAGUGGAUCUCCGGCUUACCCAGACAAAGACAGCAUUAAAACGAACUUGGAUAUCAGUCAGAAGGUUGCAGAACGUCUGUACUGCGCCAAUAGAACACACACCAUCCAAACGAACCCCGAUGAAGUGUUGAAAUGUCUGAGGAGUGUUAGUCCACAAAUGCUAACAGAUGUCACUGCGAGCAUGCAUCCUUUGUCGAGUGAACUCUAUAUUCCGCAAUUUGGUGGCGAGCUGCUGCCACAGGAUCCUCUAAAAGCUAUUCAAAAAGAAAAUUUCACCUGCACUGAUCUUCUUAUCGGAAAUACCCGUGAUGAAGGUUCUUAUAUUCUCACAACUCAAUAUCCUACUGUUUACGGAUUUUUCGGCGCUCUGGUGCCAAGUAUCAACAAGACACUUGGUAAAAGACAGAUCAAAGGUAUAUUGUCAGAAUUCAACGAUCGAAAUGCCAUUGCUCAACAUUAUUUGCCUGAGUCGCUUCCAGAAAACGAGGACGGCACCGUUCGUACACAAGUUUACACGGCCUUGGGCGAUGCUACAGUGGUUUGUCCAGAAAUGUUUUAUGCAGAGCAAUGUGCUAAGAUGGGUGGCGAUGUAUAUUACUAUAUAUGGAAUCACAGGCCAACCAAUUCCGUAUGGUUCCCAUGGAUGGGCGUAGCGCAUGGCACUGAAGUUGAAUUUGUAUUUGGUUUGCCACUGUUGCAUCCAUACACUUUCCUACCAGAUGAAGCGACGUUGAGUAAGAAUAUCAUUGAUAUAUGGGCCAGCUUCGCAAGAGACGGGAGACCCAAUAUUCUUUGGCCUGAAUACUCUAAACAAAACCCACGAGUUAAAGUUCUGGGAGCCGGAGCAAAUCAGCAAACGGAUCAAAACGGCUUCCAUCAAGAAAAUUGCAAUUUUUUUAGAUCGUAUUUUGGAUUUGAGUAACAUGUCACUUUUCAAAAAUGUGAUAUAAUUAAUUAUAAUGUAAUAAUUGUUUUUAAAAAAAUUCGUAAAAAUACAAUAUGGAGAAAAUAAAGAUUUAUUUGAUGAUUUA